AAAAUUAACGAGACAUAACCUCAAAUUUUGAUUGAAAGAAAAAUUCUUUGGUGUGUGAAAAAAUAGAAAUAUCCCCCAAAAAUGAGCACUCCGACGGUGGAUCCUCGUCGUCCGGACAAGGUGAAUAGGUACAAGCCACCAGCAAGCAAUGGGCAGCAGGGAAAUGAGGAUCUAACACCGGAUUAUAUGAAUAUUCUCGGGAUGGUUUUCUCAAUGUGUGGACUAAUGAUGAAAUCAAAGUGGUGCUCCUGGUUAGCCCUCUACUCGUCCUGCAUUAGUUUUGCCAAUUCCCGUGUGAGCGAUGAUGCAAAGCAGAUUCUUUCAUCAUUCAUGUUGAGUGUGAGUGCAGUUGUUAUGUCCUACCUCCAGAACCCCACACCACUUACCCCACCUUGGGCUUCUACGUGAGAAUCCAUUCCAAGUGGGAAAAUAAAAUCCUAAAGGGACCUUUAAUCUAAUUAAUUCUCAAAGGAAAAAGCCGGAUUUUUGAGAAAAUAUAUUAUGAUACAAAUCUAUUUAAAGGACAA